GGUGUGUUCCACUUCUGGCAGGACUCCCCUACAAUGUCGUGGAGUACCACUAGAGUACAGUUACCUCCCACUGACCACAUUACCCAGUAAAGCAGUGCCAGUCUUCGUUUAAGGGCCGUACAGCGGGCAAGCGAGCGGAGAGCCGCCUGUCUGGUGAUGGUCCUCAGCGGUUAACACACCGGAUACCGCUCAACAGUUCCUUCGGACGAAGAACUCGCAGUUCUGUCUCAGUCUCUUCACGCGUGGCAGUUACCGAGUUUACAGAGUGCCUUGGUUCGGUGACGGGUUAGACGUGAUCCAGUGUUUUAAUGUUUUAAACAAGCUACGUGCAAAAAUACCCGCUGUAGAGCAAUUCUUGGCGGAUUCGAUAAAUAUUUUCUGUUUCGGUUUUACGUCAGAGGAUAACAAAAUACAUACAGUAGUUCUUUUGAGAAAGUGAUGCUCUCGUGUUUGGUGAUUUCAACGAAAUAUUAAGGACAAUGACACAAUUGUGGUGAUUAGAAGAGGACACGACCUUGAACCAUCUGCUUAACUAGGAUACGCGGCCCGGCUUUUCGAGAUAUCAGUUCUGAAAUUCAUCAAGCGCAACAUGAGCUGUGGACUGACCUGGGUGGACAGAGCGCUACACGUGUCCUUCUACCGCCUGGGGGUCAUCGUGGGUCGCCAUCCUGGGUAUUUCCUGAUCGUGCCAGUCCUCUUGACGUUGCUGUGUAUCACCGGCUUCCAGCAGAUCAAAUACGAGAUGGACCCCGAGUACUUGUUCAGCCCCGUGAGGGGGGAGGGCAAGCAGGAGCGGGCAGUUGUUGAAUCCUUCUUCAAGCCCAAUUACACCAGCAGAUUCAACGUGGGCCGCAUCACCAGACCAGGGCGGUUCGGACGGGUGAUUGUGAUCCCGAAGCACGGGAAAGACAUGCUGAAGCGGGAAAUCUGGCGGGAACUGAGACUUCUGGACCAGCUCAUCCAGAACGAGACGGUCCGCUGGCAGGACGAGGAGCCCUUCACCUACCGCGACGUGUGCGCUCGGUGGGUCGACGAAUGCUUCCAAAACGACGUUCUCAACCUCGACUACAUUAUCGACGAGGUCGAGAGCCGAACCCUGAACCUCACGUUUCCCAUCAUGUUCAACCCUGUCACGUGGGAUGCCCAUACGUUCCCUGUCUACUUUGGUGGCACAGUGGUUAGUGAAGACGGCCUCAUCAUCAGUGUGCCGUCAGUUCAGCUUGUGUACUUCGUCACUGCAGACACCAAGAGACAGGAUGCCAGAGGUGCGGCUUGGGAGGACGCCUUCCUGAACGCGGUGGGCCGAGCUGAAGACACCCACGCGUUUAGGCACAUCUCCACCGCCAGGUUCGCGAGUCGAACCCUGGACAUCGAACUGGAGCGUAACACGCGGACCGUGGUUCCCUACUUCAGCACAACGUUCCUCAUCAUGGCGGCCUUCUCCAUCACAUCCUGCUGGAUGGCCGACUGGGUCCGUGCCAAACCCUGGCUGGGUCUCUUGGGGAACAUUUCGGCAUGCAUGGGCACUGCUGCCGCGUUCGGCGUCACCAUGUACCUGGGCAUUGAGUUUAUCGGCAUCAACCUCGCGGCACCCUUCCUCAUGCUAGGUAUCGGCAUUGAUGACACGUUUGUGAUGCUUGGCGCCUGGAGAAGGACGUCGGUACAUUUGCCUGUGCCGGAGCGGAUGGGCCGAAUGUUAAGCGAGGCAGCCGUGUCGAUCACCAUCACCUCGGUCACCGACAUGAUCAGCUUCUGGAUAGGAAUCAUCAGCCCGUUUCAGUCCGUCCGCAUAUUCUGCAUCUACUCUGGUUUCGCUGUCUGCUUCACCUUUAUAUGGCACCUCACAUUCUUCUCCGCGUGUGUCGCCCUUGCAGGACACGCCGAGAAGGAAAACCUCCACUCCGUGAUUUGCCUAAAGGUCAACCCCGUCUCCAAGUCCGAUGAAAGGUCCUGGCUGUACCGCAAGUUCUGCACGGGAGGCGUAGAUCCUAGCGACCCAAACAACCCACGAGAUAACAAAGAACACUGCAUCAUGGCCUAUUUCCGAGAUAAUAUGGCUCCCAUCCUCAACUGGUGGCCGGUCAAAGUGAUCGUGGUGGCCGUCUUCGCAUGCUACAUUGCAGGUGCCUGCUAUGGCAUCACGGGAAUCACAGAGGGACUCGAGCGACGGAAACUCUCCCGGUCUGACUCCUACUCAGUUGAGUUUUACGACCGGGAAGAUUUCUACUUCCGAGAAUUUCCAUACAGGAUCCAGGUGGUGAUCAGUGGUGAGCUGAAUUAUUCUGAUCCAGUGAUCCAGGCUCAGGUGGAGAACCUGACUCAGACAUUUGAGAACACGACCUACAUCUCCUCUCCGCUGUACACAGAAUCCUGGCUGCGGUCUUUCGUCGGCUACGUUCAUCGGAACCAAGACUACCUCAACGUGUCCAUAGACACAGAACAGAGCUUCAUCAAGACGCUUAAGGAGCUAUGGCUGUACAAACCAAACCCAUUCUCCCUCGAUGUGAAGUUCAAUGAUGAUGGAACACGUAUCAUUGCAUCACGACUUCUUAUACAAGCUGUUAACAUCAGCGAUACCAACGGAGAGAAGGAGAUGGUUCGAGCGCUGAGGAACGUCUGCCACCAGUCACCUCUAAACGUCAGUGUUUUCCAUCCAUAUUUUGUCUUCUUUGAUCAGUUUGAACUGGUGCGUCCGACUUCCAUUCAGUGUAUGAUAAUUGGUGCUCUUGUCAUGAUGGUGGUGUGCUUUGUCUUCAUUCCCAACAUUCUGUGCUGCGUUUGGGUUGCCCUGUCCAUCAUUUCCAUUGAGGCCGGAGUCGCGGGAUAUAUGGCGCUGUGGGGAGUGAGCCUCGACUCCAUCUCGAUGAUCAAUCUCAUCAUGUGCAUAGGAUUCUCAGUUGAUUUCACAGCACACAUAUGCUAUGCCUACAUGUCAUCUAAAGGAAGCACCCCUGAAGAGCGCGUUAAGGAGAGUCUGUAUGCCCUAGGGCUGCCCAUCGUUCAAGGGGCUAGCAGUACGAUCCUUGCAGUUAUAAGCCUUGUCCUCGCAGGCAGCUAUAUCUUCUUGGUGUUUUUCAAGAUGGUGUUCCUUGUAGUGUUCUUUGGAGCAAUGCACGGUCUCUUCCUUUUGCCAGUAUUACUAUCCCUCUUUGGACCUGGCUCUUGUACCGCCUCCAGAAAGCAAAAACCAGUGGAAAAACAGUCGCCCGACACAAAGCAUCCCUCUGAAGUGGAGAAAACUUUUCCUCACCCAUUCUGUAUUCCCCAUCCUUCUCUGAACCCAUUAAGUCACAGUAACUUUGUAUAUAGAUGUACAAAUGGUGAGAUGAAAUCUUCAUCACCAAAGUAUUUUGGAAAGAGUAAUGAAGGGAAUUAUCACCUCAAAAAUGUUGGCAAUGGCCCCCACUUUGGCGUCCCGCUGCCAGGUCUCCCGAGUCAUAUGAUAAUGUACAGUGCAGGAAAAUAUGGUGAUACAUCAGGGUCCUUGGAGAAAGAUUUGGGUUUAGGAACAUCUGGGGAAGAUUCCAGUGAAGCCAGCUCAAACAAGUCCCAACGUCGUCUGCAGCAAAGGGGUGAGGCAGGGGAGGACUGUGAACAACGCAGACAUUAUGAGGAUGGAUGGCGGAAGUCAUCUUCAGCCCACGCAAUUGGAGCACAAAAUCGCCAUGGAAGGCCACAAGAAUUCCAACCUCCUCAUCUCAUGGAAGUAUACAAUAAUUCUGGAUACCUCAGUGAUGAAGGAGGGCGGCACCGCAGCAGACGCGACCAAGCCUCUGCAUGGCAUAGGAACCAUCCACGUAAUGAUUCUAGGCAAUAUUCUCCUAGGUCUAAGUCACAAAGCAAUCGUUACCAGCAUCACCAUUCACAUAGUGUGCCUAGUUAUAUAGGGGAAAUGAAAUUUCCAUGACGAAGGAAUGAACACUUGUCAUAAGAGCUCAAAACGAAUGACUGCCUAUGUGACUUGUCCAGAAUGGGCCAUAUUAGGAACAGUGUGACUACAUAGUAUAUAUUGCAUACAAGAUCUAAAUGGAAAAUGUGAAAAUUGGUUAGCAAGAUCUGUGGCUGUAUUGCAUAGCAAGACUAAUCUUUUGUUUGCAGAACAUACUGUGUGUUGUCAUGCAAAUAAAUGACUUAAAAAGACUUCCAGGUGACAAAAUAGUGUUCAGUAUACAUGGCACUGUCCCUUAGUCAGACUGAUACGUCAACCUGAAAAACAUAUGUUAUUAAUGAUCCAGCUAGAAGACAAUAAUGUUGUUAUUUUAUUCAACAACGAUGAAAGGGGCGUGAGUGCUGAUAUAUAACGCGGAGGGUCAUAUUACUAUAUUAUGAUACAAGAGGUGUGGACCGCAGGAGUUGUUUCCAAGGGGAACCACAAAUGUUUACAUAAUUUUAGGAAGCAACCAUUCUAAAGACUGUGAAUGACACUGUAGGAUAUUAGACACAUCAUAUGUUAAGGAUAUUAAUUGGAUUUAACUGGUUCAGGAUCUUGUGCAAUGGUAGUUUGGUUUCAAAAUCAGUGAGCCUGGGGCCCCUAUAUUAUGAUGUAAACGUGGAACAAAGAUGAUAGUUGUGGGUACUUGCCAAUCUGAAGAAGCACAGUGUGUUUCAUCAAAGUCAAAGAUCAUAGAAGCGCAUAUAAGACUGUUUAUUUAAGGGACAGUUAUAGACUGCUGUUAUCUACAAUUUCUGCCUGAUUCUCUCUCCCUGCACCAAGUUUUGCCUCAAGUGAGAUUCUGACAAAACUGAAGUUUCCGAUCCUAAUUCAUGUACUGAAGAUGGCAAUGUGCAAGUGUUCAGUUUAUGCUGCACUGCUUUUGUGUUUGUAGUGAUUAUCAAAUUGAAUUGUUCUAUUGGUUUUAUAUCCAGUUUUUAUAACAUGUUACAGAAUAACAUGUAACCCAGAUUAAUAAGAUACUGAAAAUAU